GUCCUAACCUUAGCGUCCGAUGUAUCCUCACCACCAAAGUGACCCUGCCUUGCCUUCUGGCAUCGUAGUAACCGUGCCAUCUUCUCCGGAAACACCCUCGAGCCCUUCAUAUCGUGAUGGUCGGCGAAAGGGCUUUGCAAAAAUGUCCGCAAGUCCCUACGGCUACUCAUUCGACCCACCUGAAGCACUUCGAGUGCCCACUCCAAGGCCACCGGUAGAUGUUCCCUCAUCGAAGAGCACGACCAGCUCACCACCUGCACAAACUCGCUUCGAGCAGCUAUUGGAGAGCUCGGAUUUACCGGAGCCCGGUCCUGCUUACUUUGAGGCUAGAAGGGCUCUGUGGCACACGCCCAUACCUCACGACCAACAACCUGAGCCUCUGGCUACUUCUGUUUCACGACAAAGGCUUGAAGAGCUCUUAAACACGCACGAGGGAAAGUUGGAUGAGGAUGAUGUGUGGUAUAAUGGACUAGACAAGGUGUGGAAAGGCCUCAUAACGGGAGCAAGACUGAAAAGACGACUGCCUCUGCGGUACCUGAUACAAAUACUGCAAGCAGGUUGGGUUCGUGACGGUACAUGGCCUAAGGGUGGUGUAGCACCCGAUCCUGACGAUGAACUUGAGCCAAUUCAAGAGGCCACAGAUGUGCCUUCCGCGGCAACAUCUGCCAUGACUUCACUCGUCGCACUGCCAUCGUUUGGGCCAGCCAGGCAGCAUCCUGCGAACCGAAACAGAAGCAUUAUGAUACCAUAAAGACCCUUUUAUGUCAGAAGGUUCAAGGCAAGAUAGAUUGGUGACAUGCAGUCAUACCUCGAGGAUUGUUGAUUCGCUAUGCGCCGUAAUGUAAAGAAUUCGAUACCCGAUACCCAGUGGUUUCAUCUUGCAGAUUCAUAUGAAAUGAUGGCUGUAUAAUUACAAUGCUCUUUCCUGUAGCAAUAGGGUUAAUACACUGAGCUCUGCAGCAAUGCUUUAACUAGUC